AUGAAGCAAGAUUGCGAUGAUGAUAAUUUAGUUGGCCUGGCAGUUUCAAUGUUUCAUAUUGUCAAAAUUUAUCAUCUUAAUCGUGGACUCUUUUCAUGCAAAUUGAAAAAGCAAGAGAUUAAACUUUUAUUUUAUCUCGAUGAUCCCUGGCCACUUUGUACCAGUUUUUUGAUUUUGUUUUCUUUCACGAUUCGAAAGGCUUUUGAGGUUCUUUUGGUGUGCUACAAACGAAAUGAUUUUACAACAUGUCAGUGGUUUGAAGGUUUGAAGAAUAAAAUCAAAACAAAAACCCGAAUUUUUUAUGAUGAUGAACAAGGCGGGAAGAGAUUUAGUGGCAGUUGA